AAAGCGUUUGUAAUAGAGAACAGCUCAUCCCAAACUCCACCUCCAACCCAACCCUUCAUCGCUUCAGCCUAUAAAUUCAGCCUCUCUUGUAUUUUUCCUUACCAACAACAAUUUCAUUCUAUCCCAUACAGCUUGUUAGCUUUCUCCAAAUGACCAUGCCUGCUCAAGUGAUUCCCGACAAGACCCUUCAAGGUCUCCAUGGUUUGGGUAGAGAAAACAGUUCUUCUCCUCACCCUAGAAGGUUGGAAGGGAAAGUUGCUAUUGUGACGGGAGGAGCAAGAGGGAUUGGGGAGGCAACAGUGAGGCUUUUUGCAAGGCAUGGUGCUAAGGUAGUGAUCGCAGAUGUGGAAGACACGCUUGGAACUGCGUUGGCUAAUUCUUUGUCUCCUUGUGUCACUUUUGUUCAUUGUGAUGUUAGCCUGGAAGAAGACAUUGAGAAUUUAGUAAGCUCAACAGUUUCCCGAUAUGGGCGGCUUGAUAUCCUUUUUAACAAUGCUGGGGUGCUUGGGAAUCAGAGAAAGCAUAAAAGCAUUGUUGAUUUCGACGUGGAUGAGUUCGAUAAUAUAAUGAGAGUGAACGUGAGGGGAAUGGCGCUGGGAAUCAAGCAUGCUGCACGUGCAAUGAUUCCCCGAGGUGGUGGGUGCAUCAUUUCAACAGCCAGUGUUGCUGGAGUGAUGGGUGGCCUUGGUCCACAUGCUUACACGGCUUCGAAACACGCCAUUGUUGGAUUGACAAAGAACGCGGCUUGUGAACUAGGGCGGUAUGGGAUUAGAGUGAACUGCAUUUCUCCAUUCGGUGUGGCUACACCUAUGCUUGUGAAUGCAUGGAGAAGCCACGACGAUGAAGAAGAGGAAACCGGCUUUAACUUUGGGAUUCCAUGCCAACAAGAAACGGAGAAGACGGAAGAGUUUGUGAGAGGGCUUGCCAAUUUGAAAGGUCCAACACUCAGGGCUAAAGACAUAGCUGAGGCUGCUUUAUAUCUUGCUGGCGAUGAAUCUAAAUAUGUAAGUGGGCAUAAUCUUGUAGUGGAUGGUGGAGUCACAACAUCAAGAAAUUGUGUUGGCUUGUAACCCCAUUAUUAACCCUAAUUGUAAAUUUUCGAUUAAAUAAAUUUAUUUUUCUCCAUUUA